AUGAUAUUCAGUGAACUGAUUAAAACUGUCAUGUCGCAACAGGAUGUCAUUACACAAGUUCCGAAUGAUGUGGGGCAGGAUCAGCCGAUGUUAAUAGGAGGUGAUGUGGAUGAUUAUAACACUGAGAUUCAGAUGAACCUUCGUGGCCAGAUGUUCACGAUCACUCGAGACGACCUAAUGGGGCUUCCUGAGAGUGUUUUACUUUGUUUGUUUCCCAACGGCGUUUUUGUGGACAAGGAUGGAAAUGUGAUAACAAACCUUACAGAAGAUGAUGUUGUCUUUGUUAAUUUCUCACCUGAAUGUUUCCAGUAUAUCUGCACUGUGUUUGACUCAGCAGUAAAGGAUUUGCAAUUUCAAGAGCAGAAACUACUAAUACCGAAGCAGCAGGUUUAUGACAUUAAUGAUCCAAGUAUAUUGAGCGAUAAGCCUUCUAUUAUUGUUCUAAGAGAAGAUUUGGACUACUAUUGUAUUCCACCGGUGAGGGGGCUCUCAAUAGAUGAAAUGCGGCGCAUAAAGGUUCUCGUGGGCCAGAAGCUCGUUGGAAAUACUAGGAUAUUUGAUGGUUUGGGCUACAAGGCUGGUCAACAGUUGAAGCCUGCAGAGCAGCAUCUAAUGGAUAUGUUAUGCUCUUCUGGCUUCUCUGUAAACGGGGACUGGGGUCACCGCUCGUUGGAGCCAGGUAAAACGGUUGUUUUUUCAUUGACGCUGGUUCGUCUCAACAACCGUUCUACAGGUACCUCUUCUCCAUGUGAUUCACCGCAGUUGAAUCCUGUUUCCUCGGCAAGCUCCGCGGCAAGCUCUGAAAGAAAGCGUUCGAGAUUCAGUAACAUAGCUCGAGCUGUUUCGAGGGCCAGUUCUAGAACUAGAAAAGAAAAACCAAACUCUAACGCCACCAAGUUGCUUCUUUUUUGGAGAAAGCCUGCUAGAAAGUGUUGGUGGUCUGAUGUGGUGGAAGAGGUCGAUUUAGGCUCUCUUGCAAUCAAAGGUAUCGAUGGUGAUGUGACUAAGAUGAAGGUUCAUAUUCUUCGGGUCUGGACGUUGGAAUUGUCCAUUAUUGGUGUUCAGUAG